UGUUUCGUCACUUCCUUUCAGUACAGCAUGAUGGCGGUGUCCAUGACAGGUCUGGCACAUUGACUUCGAGUCGGGUUUUGCAGUAUUUACUCUCUGUGACUUGAGCCUGGGGAGCGUUUUCAGCACAUGACAUUUGUCGAAAUCCUCCUCACUGCGCAUCGAAUGAAGUGACUCGCAGAUCAUGGCCCUUCACAGAUUGUCCUUCAGGCUACGGCCAGCGGUAACCCACGUAAGGUCCCUUCAUAGCAGUGGAUGCGGGCAGCAGCAGGAGGCUGUGGCUGCAGUUUCAGAAGCUGAGCCCAUGUCAGUCUUCAGAACCCGGGAGAACGAUCCGGCAUGUCAUUCACAGAAGCAUAUUGGACAGUACUACACUCUGCCCUCUGCACAUAUUCGCACUCUGUUCCCUAGUGGCCUCCCCUGGCGCUAUCAACAACAGGUAAAGACGUUUAACGAAGCCUGCAUCAUGGUGAGGCAGCCAGCUGUGGAGGUCAUCUCUUACCUGAAGAAAACAGACUACAGCAAACCUCCUCUGCGAUAUUUAUUCUAUGGGUUGAAGGGUACUGGGAAGACGAUGUCUCUCUGUCAUGCGGUCCACUUCUGCUACACACAGGGAUGGCUGGUGCUGCAUGUUCCUGAUGCUCAUCUAUGGGUGAAGAAUUGUAAGGAGCUGCUGCCUUCAUCCUAUAAUGAAUCCCGCUUUGAUCAGCCAUUACAAGCCACGACAUGGUUACGCAACUUCAGAAUCACCAAUGAACGCUUCCUGUCAAAGAUAAAGACAAAGCAUCGCUACAUUUGGACAAAGAGAGAGUUCACCGAGGAGGGAAGUCAGCUAGGAGAGCUGGUGGAUCAGGGUAUUUCUCGUGUGAAGAGCAGCAGUGAUGUGGUGGGGGCGGUGAUGAAGGAGUUGAGGCUGCAAAGCGGGCAACCGGGAUCAGACUUCCGCUUGGCUGUAGCAGUGGAUGGUGUCAAUGCCCUGUGGGGAAGAUCUGCCAUCAAGAAGGAGGAUAAGAGUGCUGUGGAUCCCGAGGAGCUCACUUUGAUUUAUAACCUGAGGAAGCUCACGAGGAACGACUGGACUGGAGGUGCCAUUAUCACCACUCUGUCCCAGACAGGGUCUCUCUACAUCCCAAAAUCUGCCUACUUGCCUCAAGAGCUACUCGGAGAGAGGGGGUUUGACACCAUGGAUCCUUUCAUCCCGGUUUCGGUGCCCAACUACAGCGAGAAGGAGUUUGAGAGCUGUUACCUCUACUAUAUGGACCGCCACUGGCUGCAGCAUCCACAGAGCCGAACUGAGGAAGGGAAGAAAGAACUCAUCUUCUUGACCAACAGGAAUCCAUCAGUGGUGGACAGAAUUUGUGGCUUCUUAUGAGGUUGCAUAAAAGUUUAAAUCACAGACACACAUCUCACACACACACAAUAUAAAUGUACCAGAAGUGCAAACACAUACAAAUGUUCAUGUCUAUUAAUAUGUAUACCACUGUAAACUAUGAUGUACGUGUGCUACUUUGAUAAUAAAAUGU